GAGUUCUUCUCCUUACCCAGCCUUCUUGCACGCUUCAACACUAACGUCACCCUAGACUGUCGAGGUCUCUGUUGCUAUGACAGCAGUGUUCUCCUUUUGUUGCGCAGCCCAUCUGAGACUAGCCUCAUUACCCGCCGACAUGUCAAAUGAGCGCACUGACAGUAUACUACGAACAACCAUCAGUGACAUAAACCUCCAAGUUCUUUGUUCAAAGGAUCUCGACAAACGCCUUAUUUGACGACAGCUACCAUGCUCCACAAUGUCCACCCUGUAGGCUUGGAAUUCCCCCCUCCCUGGGAGAUGCCAUAACUCGUCGGCAGGCUACAUCUCUGGUACCAUCAAUCUUGUCAGCGAUAUUGCAGUCCUCUUGCUACCAACUAUUGGUGUGGCAAAGCUGCAGAUGAAAACGCGCAAGAAGUUUGCAGUUUCUGCCGUCUUUGCAACGGGCUUGAUUACCUGUGGCGUAUCCGCGCUUCGAUUGUACUAUUCCUCGCGCGAAGAUAGGAGCAACGACAGUACUUAUUGGCUGGCACUAGUGGGUCUCUGCGGAGCUGUCGAGAUCGCAAUGGUCAUUCUUUGUGGGUGCUUCACAUCAGUUCCAAGGUUCAUCAGGUGGAUGAGAGACGAAAAGACAGGGUCGCAGCGGUAUGGCUCGCAGCAGUACAAGAGAAAAUAUGGCUACUCCUCGCAAGAUCAGUCGAGAAGUUACGAAUACGGACCAGAAAGCCAGUCGAGGCUGAGACAUGAAACACCCAACACAAUGGAACUGGGAAGGACGGGGGUCACACAGGUUCGCGCUGCGCAUCAUAAUUGGAGAGUGUUGCGUUAAUCUCGAGUAAAGAUACGGCGAGUCAUACCUUGCGGUCAUUCAACAGAGAUAGACCCAGUUCUCGAGAUCAUUCAAUUGUACUGUUGAUCAUCCACGACUUC